GAGAGAGGAAAAGUCCGGAUGGAACGGACCAGGCUCGCGACGCCACCCGGCUUCCACUAGCACCCGUGGUGCCACCACCGCUACAUAGGGCUUGCCCAACCGCUCGCCCGCCAGCGCGCCCGUGAUGCUGGACAUCUCUGUCUGCGAUUCGAUGCCUCACGCCAGCGGCCAGCGUGCGCCGUUCUUCCCCAAGGCAGAUGCCGCAGUGCUCCAGUCCAAAUUUACCCCGCCGUCCCCAACAUCACGCCCAACAGCAGUGGGGCCGAUUCUCGAUGUCGACAACGCCAACAAAGCGAUCGAUGCCUGGUCCGAGCAGGUGGCAACCGCCGUGUAUCCCGAGAAAACCGACAGUUGGUGCCCCGCGCCAAUUCCUGAGAGGCCGCAGUCGGCCGAGGGUCGCUAUCUCUUCCCUAUCUUGACGCGCAAUGAGAGACUAAGGUUGACUUUGCUGUUCUACUACACCCGCGGCGUCCUCGGGGAUGCCGAGCUCGUCUCCCGCCUUCAGGAGAAGGUCCGCCUGGCGGGAGAAACUGUUGGAUGGGAAUUUGUCAUCGCUGGCCUGCUAGACCACAAUACCUACACCCGUAUGGUCACUGUCGGGCUUCCUCUAGCGGUUCUACCGCGUCGCGAGAGUACCUGCGCCCAUACAGUCAAUCAACCUCCAGAUACAAUCUUCAUUUUGCCCAAUAUGUUGGAAGACUGGCGGUUUCGGGAAUCGCCGCACGUGAGACAAGGCGGCCUCCGCGCGUAUGCCGGAGUGCCGCUACACUUCCAAACAGAAUUUGGGGAGCAUGUAGCACUUGGUUCGCUUUGUGUCGCCUCGAACACGCAGCAGGAGCCGCCUUCAAAGUCGAAGCAGAUGUUUUUGGCUCGUCUCGCCGACUGGAUCGUCGCCGAUAUCAUUCAAAGUGCGAGAGCUAGACGGCAGCGGGAGCGACGGCGGAUGCUGGAGCUCCUGUCCGAUGCGCAAGAGCGAUGUGCCCAUGACGCGAAUCACGAAGAGGUGCUUCUCGACAUCUUACGGAAAGUCUAUCCUUCGACCUCGAUCAACAUCCAGACAUCAAACGACCACAGGCUUUUAUUCGAAGGAGGGACAGCAAUUCCUACUUUACAGCUCGAGAAUGGCCUCUGGGAAGACUGCGACUAUUGCGACUACAUGAUCGAAAACCACAACGAUCAGGACCUAGUCGCCCCCCGAGUAAUACGUGCCAUUGUCGCAGAAUGCGGAAGCGCACGCAUACCCACUUUCCUUGUCGUGGGCUCAAAGGACUUCCGACUCAUCUUCGACGACGUUGAUUCCUGGUUUGUGCAUACUUGUGCAAGUCUGCUUUCUCGCGGCUGGCAGAAUCGUGCUCUUAAAGAAGCAUUGGCAGCAAAAGAGACCUUUCUUCGCGGCAUUACACAUCAACUAAGGACGCCUAUUCAUGGCAUUCUAGGCUCGGUGGAACUGCUAGCUGAGGAGCUCAAAUCGCGGAACCUGAUACAUGCCACACUAUCACCUACACCAACCGCAGACGUCGAACGUUUGGAUCCUUACGGUUACAUCAACACGAUCAGGACUUCCGCACUAGAGCUCAUCUCAACAGUCAACAGUUUGAUCAAGCUCAACCGGUGGGCCGACAUCGCACAAGCAGAACGUGUCAUUUUAUUACAUCAUGUCGACGAGAUUGGGUCGGCGUUACUACACGAAAUUGCUCAAGUAAUGCCGGAGGAUCCCUCUGCGAGGCCAUCUAUCGUCUUCAGUCACCACCUUCCACCAAAUUGCGACAGUUUAGCGAUCGACUUAGGCCUCUUAAUCGACUGUAUUCAGCCAAUCGCCGUGAACGCGGUUCAGAACACUGCUGGCGGUGUUGUGGCCUUGACAGUAUCAGUCACCGACGACUACCAAUCGCUCAUCGUGGACGUGGAAGAUACUGGCCGCGGCAUCUCACCGAGCGACCAACAGCGCAUAUUUCAUUCAUACGAAAAAGUGGAUUCAUACGCAGCGGGAGCUGGGCUUGGAUUGACUCUGGCAUGCAAAUUAGCAACCCUCAUGAACGGUUCAGUAUCUCUAGUAUCUUCCGACCUGAAUGAGGGGUCCCACUUCAGGGCUUCCUUCUACGAACCCGCCUGCGCCUGCUCUUUCAACCCACCGCAACCGAUCAGGGAGAGGUUCGUCCAUCUACCACAAACCUUCUGUAGAUUACCGGCAUCUUCAAAGGCCCGGACACCCUCCCAGUACCUCAGCAGAUACCUCACUCGGUGCGGGUUCAUCGAAUCUGAUUGUCCGGAAGAUUCACUUUUGCUCCUUGACUAUACCACUGAUUUAACCCAGCUUCAGAAUCAGAUAUCGCAGGUUGGUGCGGAGCAGGCCGCAAUCUGCCUCGUUCCCGAUUCGGAAUGCGUCAUUGACUUUGAUGGAGAGCAAGUCCGGAGACAGAACAACAUAAUAUAUUUAAGGGGGCCAUUCAUACCGAGUACACUCGCCAAAGCGUUGGAACAGGCGAACUUAGUCCUUAGUGGGCUCGCUUUAUCGAAAGCAAACUCGCCAAGCUCUUCACCAGGGGGUAUAGCCAUAGACGCCUCUUCACCUGCUCCCAAAAUGAGCAGGCCAUCGGGGCAUUUACCACGCCCCGGCUCUGUUUUCCCUGCAGCCGUGCAGGCCGACUUCCUCACAUACCCCGUCCGGAGGACACGCCUUGACACCACCCCACCUAUUUCUACGAGCACCUCCCCACAACGAUCCGCAAAGCCUAUGACCCUUCUCGUAGAUGAUAACGCUAUCAACCUCCAUCUCCUUGAAAUGUACUGCACCCGCCGCGGUAUCCCAUACCGGACCGCAAACGACGGCGACCAAGCCGUACGCCUAUUCUCUCAGCAAGGCUCCUCUGCAGCUUCCAGCACCACAGACGGGAGCGCGAUGUUAUCUCCCUCGUUGCCGUCUCCUUCGCCUCAGUCCAAUUCGUUUGAUCUGACCCUCAUGGACCUCCAAAUGCCCGUCUGCGACGGCAUUGCCGCGACGCGGAAAAUCCGUGAUAUGGAGCGAGAAAAUGGAUGGGAGAAGAGUGUGAUCUUCAUAGUCACGGGUCAGGAUAGUCCGGCUGAUCGUAAGGGGGCGGAGAGCGUGGGCGCAGAUGCUUUUUUUGUAAAGCCUGUGGGACCGAAAGUGUUGGAUCGAGAGGUUGGGCGAUGGUUCUCCGGUUCGGGGAUAGGGUAGAUCAAUCCUCCUCUAUCGCGACUACGUUACGUGAAAAGGAGAUGGGGAAGCCGGGCUGCAGCAGGAUAAGCAUGAUCGACGUCAGCAUACCGCGCAUUCUGGGGUGCAGAGAUGGAGGACGGAGAUAUGGCGUGUCACAGCGCUCAGGCCGCCUUGAGCCUACAGCCUAUCGUGGUACCUC